AUGGCACCAAGGAUCCUACACUUUUGUAAAGAUCAGAUUGCCUCGGAGUGCCGCGAGUUUGACGCCGCAGAGACUCGUCCCAGGGGAAUAUCCAACUUUCAACUCCACUUCGACAAUAUCGUCUCGGAGAACAGGCUGAAGGGCCUGGACCCCGAGGUGGAUGGUAAACGACUCCGACUGCAACGGCUACAGGCAGCCAAGGAACCCGAUAAGCACCUGGUCCCAGGCAUAUACACGUUCGAGCUCUGGGCGCGCAUUGUGGAGGUAUACUCCAACACGGCCAUAAUAAACUCGAACGACAAGCUGAUCGCGCUGGCUGGUGUUGCCAAAUGGAUGUCGGGCUUCAUGAAAUCGGACUAUGUCGCCGGUUUGUGGAGGGAACACCUGGCCAGCCAGCUACUCUGGCGUGUCGUGUCCGUCUUCCAAUCCCACAACCGCAGCUUUUCCAACCCAUCCCAGCGACCGUCCUUGUACCGUGCCCCGACUUUCUCCUGGGCAUCCGUGGACGCCGAUAACGGGAGCGGUAUCAUCUACGGAGAGGUGACGGAUCAGGAUCUAUUUAUUGAGAUUGCGGGCGUACAUGUGACGACCACGAAUCCUGAAAACCCGUUUGGGUUGAUCAAGGACGCACAUUUGAAAAUCUGGGGCAAAUUGAGGAAGAUUGAUUUAUUUGAGAAAAUAAAUGAAAAAGGAGAAUUAAAUGGUCGGUACGGCUGGAGGCUGCACGGGAUGGGCGAGGAUGUCGACAAGGAGGAGCAUACGAACGUGUAUCUGGAUUGCCCGGAGCAAGACGGUGGUCUUGCUGUCGAGGGUCACGACCGGGAUGACCGCAGCCGCCGCGGCGGAAUCUUUGACUCGAACGACAUCUGGUGCAUACCAGCUGCGGAAGGGGAAAGAGCCGCGACUAGAGAAUCGAGGUACUUGAUCUGUCUCCUGCUGCAGGAGGUCAAGGGUCGUCGGCUGGGGCCCGGGACGUUCCGUCGUAUCGGACUGAGCAAGUUGUCACCAUGGGGGGAAUAA